AUGGAGGAGACAAACUUGAGGAGACGGAGAGAGGACGAGAAAUCCAUCCAGAGCAAUGAGCCCAAGACCACAAGUCUCCAGAAACAGGUGGGCCUCAUCAGUGGCAUCUGCAUCAUUGUGGGCACCAUCAUCGGUUCCGGCAUCUUCAUCUCCCCCAAGUCUGUGCUGGCCAACACAGAAUCUGUGGGGCCCUGUCUCAUCAUAUGGGCAGCCUGUGGAAUCCUGGCUACUCUGGGUGCCCUGUGCUUUGCAGAGCUCGGCACCAUGAUCACCAAGUCAGGGGGUGAGUACCCCUACCUGAUGGAGGCCUUUGGCCCCAUCCCCGCCUUCCUUUUCUCCUGGACCAGCCUGAUCGUCAUGAAGCCUUCCUCCUUCGCCAUCAUUUGCCUCAGCUUCUCGGAGUACGUGUGUGCCGCGUUUUACUCAGGCUGCAACCCUCCGAAUGUGGUCGUGAAACUCCUGGCAGCCGCCGCCAUUAUGCUCAUCACUACAGUGAACGCGCUGAGCGUGCGGCUUGGGAGCUACGUUCAGAACUUCUUCACGGCAGCCAAGCUGGUAAUUGUCGCCAUCAUCAUCAUCAGCGGACUGGUCUUCCUGGCCCAAGGAAGCACGAAGAACUUUCAGAAUUCUUUUGAGGGUGCACAGACCUCUGUGGGCGCCAUCAGUCUGGCACUUUAUAAUGGACUCUGGGCCUAUGAUGGGUGGAAUCAACUCAACUAUAUCACCGAGGAGCUUAGAAACCCUUACAGUGGAUUCCCACCCCCACCCCAUGGGCAUGGAACCCAGGGCCUUGAGCACGCUGGGCAAGUGCCCUCCACUGGGCCAUGCACCUGGCCCUGGGGGGAGCUCUCAGGAUUGCACUCUGCUUUGCUCCAGACCUUCGGUGACCGCGUUCUCUAUCCCGCAUCCUGGGUGGUCCCCCUUUUCGUGGCCUUUUCAACCAUUGGUGCUGCUAAUGGAACCUGCUUUACAGCAGGCAGACUCAUCUACGUGGCAGGCCGAGAGGGCCACAUGCUCAAAGUGCUCUCGUAUGUCAGCGUCAAGCACCUCACACCCGCCCCUGCCCUCAUAUUUUAUGGCAUCAUAGCCAUCAUUUACAUCAUCCCUGGUGACAUCAACUCCCUAGUCAAUUAUUUCAGUUUUGCUGCAUGGAUGUUUUAUGGGAUGACAAUUCUAGGACUCGUGGUGAUGAGAUUCACAAGGAAAGACCUAGAAAGGCCCAUCAAGGUGCCCAUCGUCAUCCCUAUCUUGGUGAUUCUCGUCUCCAUUUUUUUGGUGUUGGCCCCGAUCAUCAGUAAGCCAGCCUGGGAGUAUCUCUACUGUGUGCUGUUCAUACUGAGUGGACUCAUAUUCUACUUCCUGUUUGUUCACUACAAGUUCGGAUGGGCCCAGAGAAUCUCCAGGCCGGUCACCAAGCACCUGCAGUUGCUGAUGGAAGUUGUCCCACCAGAGAAGGACCCGGAGUAAACCGUCCAUCACA